AAACGUACACAAUCUCAUUCUUAAUCAUCUUAUACAAGAAUCAGAAAUAAGAAAAAAAAAGAGAGAGAGAGAGUUUCAAUAUGGCGAUCGUGAACCCUAACUUUUGUGCACCGUACCCGGUAGAAUUGGGAAUCGUACGAAAGGUGAUGACGAUAACAGAUGGUAACUUCGCUGUCACAGACGUCAACGGCAAUCUCCUUUUCAAAGUCAAAGAGCCAAUGUUUAGUCUCUCCGACAAAAGGAUCUUACUCGACGCAUCAGACACUCCAAUUUUGACUUUGAAAGAAAAUAAGGUGAGUCUUCACGAUAGGUGGCAAGUGUUUAGAGGAAAGAGUACAGACCAAAAUGAUUUGGUAUACACAUUGAAAAGAUCGUCGAUGUUUCAGUUGAUUAAGCCAAAGCUAGAUGUUUUCUUAGCUCCUAAUAAGGAAAUGAAGGAAUGUGACUUCCAUGUCAAAGGAAGUUGGAUCGACCGGUCCUCUACCAUCUAUGCUGGAAAAUCUGACGUAAUUGUUGCACAGAUGCACAAGAAACAUACCGCGCAGAGCAUAUUGAUAGGGAAGAGUAAUUUCUCGGUUACGGUGUAUCCGAAUGUUGAUUAUGCGUUUAUAGUCUCUCUCAUUGUAAUUCUCGAUGACAUUAACCGAGAAGAUUCCGGAGAGUAAACACAAUUUUCUUGUGAAUGAUUCUUGAUAUUUCUUUUGCUACAUUUUAGAUGGUGUUUUAAAUUAGUUAUUAUGUUUCAUAAUAAUUCUCAUUUUAAAUUUUUUAUUUUGUUUCAAAAUAAAUGUCAUUCUACAAUUCUAAUGUAAUUUUGUACAUUAAAUCUAUGUUUUACCCUUUUGAAUAACCAAUACAUUUUUAUUUGAA